AUCUCGACCAUGGUUUCGAAUUGCCUUCGUCUCCGUCUCAAUCUGCAUCCCCACCUCGCCCCCAUCUCUGCAGACAAAUCACAGCCAAGGAAUUCUUCUAUUCUCACCAAUCAUUUCUUAACUACAAAUCUAACCGUCAGUGCCACCCAUUAUCAACACCACCACUUGCACUUACUCCAUAGUAGAAGAGGUAGAAGAAGAAGAUGCUCUCCUCCAGUGAUGGCGUCAAACCAAGAUUCACUUUACUAUGACAGGGACGCAGCAGGCCUUGCCAAUGACGAUCUCAAGCCGAUGACGCCGGAACAGAGGACUUUCUCCGGGUUGGAGAUGGCCAGCCUCUGGGUGGGGCUGGUGGUGGGAGUCCCAACUUAUUAUCUAGCCGGCAGCCUUGUGGAUCUUGGCAUGGCCUGGUGGCAGGGCAUCGCCACCGUCGUCGCCGCCAACGUAAUCUUAUUAGUCCCGUUGAUCCUCACAGGGCACCCUGAGACUCGCUAUGGCAUCUCUUUUCCAGCGCUCGCCCGCUUUGCUUUCGGGAUUAGAGGUGCCCAUGUCCCCACUCUCCUGCGUGCUUUGGUUGGCUGUGGUUGGUUUGGCAUCGAAACCUGGAUCGACGGUGAAGCCGUCUUCCUCCUCCUACCCUCCUCCCUUAAGCAUGCUUCUUUUGCUCGUUCCCUCCCAUGGCUGGGCACCUCCCCUCUUGAGUUCUCCUGCUUCCUUGUCUUCUGGAUGGCCGAGAUGGCCAUCAUAUGGAAAGGUAUUGAUGGGAUUUGGGAGGGAAAUGAAAAUGGAGGUAAUGAACCGACUACCCUCCUCCUUUUGCCUUUCCCCAUAUGUGUUCCUUAUUCUGGUUCUAGGUUUCGAAAAACUAUCGCAAAAUUAGUGUUCGAUUCCAAAGAAAUCUGCAGGGGUCUCUCCCAGUUGAAAUAG